CUUCACACCUGAUAGAGCUGGAUCUCACAGGAAAUGAUCCUGGACAAUCAGGAGUGAAGGAGCUCAAUGAUAUACUACAGGAUCCAAACUGUCAACUGAAAACACUGAGGUUUUUGGGUCCUGCUGCAGAUGAAGCCUGUCAGUAUGCAACUGAAGUUCAGGGUGAAAACCCGUUACUCCUGAAAGAACUGAAUCUGAGUUUACAUGAACUAGGAGAUACACGAGUGAAUCAGAUCGCUGCUCUACUGCAGGAUAAACACUGUAAACUCAACACACUACAUCUGUGGAAUUGCAGUAUUACAGAGGAACAGUGUCUCAUCCUGACUUCAGCUCUGAAAUCAAACCCAUCACACCUGACAGAACUGGACCUGAGUGGGAAUAAAAUAGAAAACAAAGGAGUGAAUCACUUAUGUGACGUACUGAAGGAUUCACACUGUAAACUGGAGAGAUUGAGGUUAAGCUGCUGUUAUAUGACAGAUGAAGGUUGUUCUAUUGUGACUUCUCUAAAAAAAGCUCUAAAAUCAAACCCAUCACACCUGAGAGAGCUGAACCUGAGCGGGAAUAAACUAGGAGACUCUGGAGUGAAAAACCUCAGCGAUCUACUGAUGAACCCACAAUUCAAGCUUGAAAAACUACAUCUGUGUGAAUGCAGUAUUACAGAGAAACAGUGUUUCAUCCUGACUUCAGCUCUGAAAUCAAACCCAUCACACCUGAGAGAGCUGAACCUGAGUGGAAAUAAAAUAGAAAACACAGGAGUGACUCACUUAUGUGACGUACUGAAGGAUUCACACUGUAAACUGGAGAGAUUGAGGUUAAAAGGCUGUGAUAUAACAGAUGAAGGUUGUUCUGCGCUGACUUCAGCUCUGAAAUCAAACCCAUCACACCUGAGAGAGCUGAACCUGAGUGGAAAUAAAAUAGAAAACACAGGAGUGACUCACUUAUGUGACGUACUGAAGGAUUCACACUGUAAACUGGAGAGAUUGAGGUUAAAAGGCUGUGAUAUAACAGAUGAAGGUUGUUCUGCGCUGACUUCAGCUCUGAAAUCAAACCCAUCACACCUGAGAGAACUGGACCUGAGAAUGAAUGAACUAGGAGACUCUGGAGUGAAAAACCUCCGUGAUCUACUGAUGAGCCCACAAUGCAAGCUGGAAAUAUUAGAUUUGUGUGGAUGCAGUAUUACACAUGAACAGUGUCUCAUCCUGACUUCAGCUCUGAAAUCAAACCCAUCACACCUGAGAGAGCUGGACCUGAGUGAGAAUCAAAUA